CCAGCAACCAUGGCCCAUUAUAAGGGUGAGCAAGAUGACUGGCUGAUCGUCUAUCUGAAGUAUUUACUCUUUGUCUUCAACUUCUUCUUCUGGGUGGGAGGCGCAUCGGUCAUGGCAGUGGGCAUCUGGACCCUGGUGGAGAAGAGUGGCUACCUGAGCGUCCUGGCCUCCAGCACCUUCGCCGCCUCUGCCUACAUCCUCAUCUUCGCAGGCGCACUCGUUAUGGUCACCGGCUUCCUGGGCUUCGGCGCCAUCAUCCGCGAGCAGAGGAGCUGCCUCUCCACUUAUUUCUGCCUGUUGCUUGUCAUCUUCCUUGUUGAGCUGGUGGCGGGGGUCCUGGCCCAUGUGUACUACCAGAAGCUGAGUGACGAGCUGAAGCAGCAUUUGAACAGGACUCUGACCGAGAACUACGGGCAGCCCAGAACACCAGAGAUCACUACCUCAGUGGACCGUCUGCAACAGGAUUUUAAGUGCUGCGGCAGCAACAGCUCAGCUGACUGGCAACACAGUGCAUACAUCCUGUCUAAUGAGGCCCAGGGCCGCCAGGUGCCUGACAGCUGCUGCAAGACAGUGGUGACACGCUGUGGCCAACGGACCCACCCUUCCAACAUCUACAAGGUGGAGGGAGGCUGCAUUACCAAGCUGGAGCAGUUCCUGGCUGACCACCUGCUCCUCAUGGGGGCAGUGGGCAUCGGGGUGGCCUGCCUGCAGAUCUGCGGGAUGGUUCUCACCUGCUGCUUGCACCGGAGGAUCCAGUUGCAUUUUUACUAA